CACGCUACGCAUGCGUAUAAAUAGGAGCGUCCUCAGUGCGAUGGCCAACAGUUUCGUUUCGGGCGCGCAUGCGCAGAGGUUCUCGCAGCAGCAAAAAAAAAAAAAGAAAAAAAAGAAAUACCGUUGGCUCCCUCGGAAUAUACCCACACCCCAUUUUGGAUAGGCCGUUGAUUGAGGAAAAGCUUAAAUAGAAGCUUAGGAAGAGCAACAAAGGAGAGACUAUAUAAUGCGUAGAAGAGCUACGCCAUGCAGGCUGCUGUUGUUAUGCCUGUGGACAACGGCGGCGACGGGCCACAUUCGCAUCGAGGCACCCGAGGUGCAUGUGGCGCCCAGCUACAAGCCGGCGUUUGUUCGUGCCGCGGUGGAGAGCAUGCCGCUGGAGGAUGAGCCUGGUGCACUGAGUCGCUUCAGCAUACGACCCACAUUUGGUGAGACAUUUCUACCGUUGCGCAGCGCCGUGGAAAGCGUGCCCAGCAUAAAUGAACGAAACGUUGCGCAACUGCGUGAAUCGUCGCCGUUGCGAUCCUUUGUGCGGGAUUCCGUGGAGGCACAGCCCAGCGAUUACGAUGAGGACGACGAGCCAGAGCAGUUUGGAGCGCCAGCCAGCUUUGUGCGCGAUGUGCCGGAGGAGAUGCAACAGGAAAAGCUCACCCACACGCUGGUGCAACCAGAUCCCUGGACGGUGUCCGACAAAUAUGCCGCCUUCAUUGCACCCAGCGCAAAUGAUAAUUAUCAGCCGCAGCCCUAUCGCUCCGGCUCGCCGCAUCAGCAGCUGCUGAAGUCUGUGGAUCUGGAGCAACUGGAGCACAUCGAUGAGCUGGACAGCUUUACGGAGCAGCAGUUCUAUGGUGCUCUAGCCCUAGCAGAUCUCUCGGAAAAUGGCGUCGCCUACGGUGCGCUAUCGCAGGCGAAAGCGACGACGGACAAGAAGAACUACAAUAUGGCUCCCAAGGUGCUCUGCUAUAUGUCCAACUGGGCGUUCUAUCGCAAGGCGGAUGGUCAUUUUGUGCCCGAGCAACUGGAUCCGAAGCUAUGCUCAGCGAUUGUCUAUUCCUUUGCCUCUCUCGAUCCGGAUCACUUGACCAUGCGUGAAUUCGAUCCCUGGGUCGAUAUUGAGAAUCAGUACUACAAGCGCGUGGUUGCCCUGGGCGUGCCCGUGCUCAUUGCCAUGGGCGGCUGGACGGAUUCCAGUGGCGACAAGUAUUCCCGCCUGGUCAGCGAUGAGAUUAAGCGCAAGGUGUUCGCGUCCAGUGCCGCGGGUUUCCUGCAGCGGCAUGGUUUCAGUGGCAUUCACUUGGACUGGAACUAUCCCAAGUGCUGGCAAAGCGAUUGCUCCAAGGGACCGGCCAGCGACAGGCCCAACCUGACCAAGCUGCUGCGUGAAGUGCGCUCAGAGCUAAACCGCGUAAAUCCCAAGAUGCAAAUAGGCGUAGCCAUUUCCGGCUACAAGGAGAUCAUCAGCGAGGCCUACGAGCUAGCUGCACUCUCCGACAUCGUCGACUAUAUGACUGUGAUGAGCUAUGACUAUCACGGCGCCUGGGAGCGCCAAACUGGGCACGUGAGUCCGCUCUAUGGUCGGCCGCAGGACAAGUAUCCGCAGUAUAACACAGACUUCACCAUGCAGCUGCUGGUGAAAAUGGGCGCCCGUCGCGAAAAGCUGAUCAUGAGCAUACCCUUCUAUGGCCAAAGCUUUACGCUCGAGCAGAGCAGUCAGCGUCUGGUGGGCGAGGGUGUUGCCGCCAGCGGUCCCGGCGAGGCCGGUGAGCUUACCAAACAGCCCGGCAUGUUGGCCUACUAUGAGAUCUGUCAGCGCAUACGCAAGCAGAAGUGGCAGACGGGCCGAGACGUGGAUCGCAAGUCGGGACCCUAUGCCAUGCUGCGGGAUCAGUGGGUGGGCUAUGAGGAUGCGGCCAGUGUGGAGGCCAAGGCGCGCUAUGCGGCCAACAAUGAUUUUGGUGGCAUCGCCGCAUGGACCGUGGAUCUGGAUGACUAUCAGAAUCGUUGCUGCAGCGAAUCCUUUCCGCUGCUCAAGGCUGUCAAUCGGGCCUUGGGUCGUCUUAAUACUGAGCCGCCUACGCGCAACAACUGCGAGCGUCCACCACAGCCGAUUACGCCAGUACCACCGCAAAUGACCACCAUAAGCAGCGAUGGCUCAUCGGGCGGCAGUCACAGUGAUCACACAACAUCCUGGCCCACCUGGGAUCAAACCAGCACAACCCGUAGACCCAGCACUAGCACCAGCACAACAACCCGAAGGCCCACCACCAGCAGCACCACGCCCGCCUGGUGGACCAGCACCACCAAAACUACCACUCCCGCCUGGUGGACCAGCACAGCCGCAACAACAACGAAACGUCCUGCGAAACCCAAGCCUAAGCCCACGCAGACAACCGCUCGUCCGGCUCACACCACCUUACCAGUCCCAGCACUGGUUUAUCCAGUGGUUCAGCCUUCUAACUGUGAGGCUGGCGAAUUCUAUCCAGAUACAAAGAAUUGUAACGCGUAUUACCACUGCAUUGUACCGGGUGAACUGCGUCAGCAAUUCUGCCCCGGCGGCCUGCACUGGAACAGCGAGGUCAAAAGCUGUGAUUGGCCCGCCUCCGCGCAGUGUUCGGUGAAGAAGCAGCAGACGAGCACGAGCAGCAGUUUACCCACCAGCACCAGAAGCACCACCCAACGACCCAUCACCACCACGAGCACGAGAACCAGCACCAGCACCAGCACCAGCAAGAAACCGAGGAGAACGACGACGACAUCAGCCAAGCCCAGUCGCAAGCCCACACAGAAACCCAUUCAGCAACCGCUGCCCGGAAGCAGCACCAAGAAACCACAUCGCACCACGCGACGUCCUAGACCGCCCACCUCAUCGCGCUGCAACGAGGGUGAAUACUACACGCACCGGAACUGUGGCAAGUACUACAUCUGCGUAAAUGGAGCGCUUGUGCCGAGCGAAUGUGGCGGCGAGCUGCACUGGGAUGGCAUCCGGAAGAUAUGCGAUUGGCCGCAGAAUGUGCAGUGUGUCACCAGCAAGAAAUAUCUGCGCAUUGUCCAGUCCAAGGCAAGCGAGGAGGAUCCCUGCAAUGGCGAAGAACGUGUGCCAUAUCCCGGCGACUGCUCCAAGUAUUUGUUCUGUCUGUGGAAUCGCCUGCAGGCAGCUGACUGUCCGCCGGGCUUGCACUAUAAUGAAGCGCUGGGCAACUGCGAUUGGCCACUCGCUGCGCAGUGCAAAGAGGAUGCGGGUGGCUCGGCCAGCUCCGGCAGCUCCGGCAGCUCUGGCAGCUCAAAGCCUAAGCCCCCGGCUGCAGCCAAGCCCGUGCCCACCACGCAGCGACCCUCGACGACGCCCAGACCCACUUACCCCACAGACAAGCCACAGCUCCAGCCACUGGAUGGCUACUACAAGGUUGUAUGUUAUUUCACCAACUGGGCCUGGUAUCGCAAGGGCCUGGGUCGCUACACACCCGACGACAUUAACACGGAUCUGUGCACCCAUGUGGUCUACGGCUUUGCAGUUUUGGAUUACACAGAGCUAACGCUACGCACCCACGACUCUUGGGCGGACAUUGAUAACAAUUUCUAUACGCGCGUCAGUGGGUUGAAGAGCAAGGGCGUCAAAGUCAGUCUGGCCCUGGGCGGCUGGAACGACUCCCAGGGCGACAAAUAUAGUCGACUGGUGCGCAACGCAGCGGCUCGUGCCAAAUUCAUACGUCACGCUCUGGACUUUAUUGAGAAAUACGGAUUUGAGGGUCUCGAUCUGGACUGGGAGUAUCCGGUGUGCUGGCAAACCGAGUGCAACAAGGGCUUCGCCGAUGAAAAGGAAGGAUUUACUGCCUGGGUAAAGGAACUAUCGGAGGCAUUCAAGCCACGCGGUCUGUUGCUAUCAACUGCAGUCUCACCCAGCAAGAAGAUCAUUGAUGCAGGCUAUGAUGUACCAUUGUUAGCCCGCUAUUUCGACUGGAUUGCUGUCAUGACCUACGACUUCCAUGGACAGUGGGACAAGAAGACAGGUCAUGUGGCGCCUUUGUAUCAUCAUCCCGAUGAUGAUUUCGAUUACUUCAAUGCGAACUUCUCACUCAAUUAUUGGAUUGAGCAAGGUGCUCCUUCUCGCAAGAUUGUGAUGGGCAUGCCGCUAUAUGGUCAAUCUUUUACGUUGGAGAAUGCCAACAACAAUGGACUGAAUGCCAAGGCCCCAGGACCUGGUCAGGCGGGCGAGUUCACCAAAGCUGCAGGCUUCUUGGCCUAUUAUGAGAUCUGCGAGCGCGUCAAGCAUCAGGGCUGGGAAGUAGUUCAAGAUGAACGUGGUCGCAUGGGUCCGUAUGCCCGGAAGGGUACCCAAUGGGUAUCCUAUGAUGAUCCCGCAAUGAUCCGCAAGAAAUCACAAUUGGUGCGAGCCCUGAAUCUGGGCGGUGGCAUGGUCUGGGCUUUGGAUCUUGAUGAUUUCCGGAAUCGAUGCGGCGAUGGCGUGCAUCCAUUGCUGCGUGAGAUUCAUGCUGUGCUCAAGGAUCCGCCAAGCGGUUAUGAGCCGACGCCUGGCCUAACCCCGGCGGAAGUGGAAUCAGUGGAAGAGCAAGCCAUUUCGGGGGAGGCUGGAACAGCAUCUGUAGAAAGCGAAGCCGGGCAAUCUUCAACGGGAUCAACUGGCCAAGGAAGCAGCGAGUCCGAAGAAGGUGAAGGCGAAGGCGGUGAGGAGCAAGAAGAGGUGGCUGUAAUGCAGCACCCGGAGCCGGAAUAUUCUACUCCACAAGAGACAGGCAACAAUGAGGAGGGAGAAGGCAACAACGAACCAGAAUCUUCACAAGAAAACGAAGUCGAAGAGAUUGAUUUUGAAAUGGAAGCCGGUUAUCCCGUAGCUGGUUCCGGCUCUGAAACCGGCAACGACUACAAGGUGGUAUGCUAUUUCACCAACUGGGCGUGGUAUCGUCAGGGUGGGGGCAAGUAUCUGCCCGAGGAUAUCGAUGCCGAGCUAUGCACGCACAUAGUCUACGGCUUUGCCGUGCUAAAUCGUGAUAAGCUUACAAUACAACCACAUGACUCCUGGGCGGAUUUGGACAACAAGUUCUAUGAGCGCGUGGUGGGCUACAGGAAAAAGGGUGUGAAGAUAACCGUAGCCAUAGGCGGUUGGAACGAUUCGGCGGGUGACAAGUACGCGCGUUUGGUAAGAAGCGCUGCGGCACGUGCAAGAUUCAUACGCCACGUGUUGGACUUUAUCGAGCAGUACGGUUUCGAUGGUCUAGACCUGGACUGGGAGUAUCCGGUGUGCUGGCAGGUGGACUGCAAGAAGGGCACUGCCGACGAGAAGCAAGGAUUCACAGAUCUGGUGCGUGAACUCUCGCAGGCAUUUAAGCCAAAGGGACUACUACUCUCCGCUGCCGUUUCGCCCAACAAGAAGGUCGUCGACGCCGGCUACAAUGUCCCUGAACUUUCACGCUACUUUGAUUGGAUUGCGGUGAUGGCCUACGAUUACCAUGGUCAGUGGGACAAGCAUACGGGUCAUGUGGCACCCAUGUACGAUCACCCCGAAGGCACGGCGACCUUCAACGCCAACUUCUCCAUAAACUAUUGGCUGGAAAGUGGAGCCGAGCGUAAGAAACUUAUCAUGGGCAUGCCCAUGUACGGUCAAUCCUUCUCACUGGCCCAGGCCAGCGAUCAUCAGCUGAAUGCGCCCACUUACGGCGGCGGCGAGGCGGGCGAGGCUACGCGCGCCAGAGGUUUCCUAGCCUACUAUGAGAUCUGCUCCUACAUUCAACGUCGCGGCUGGAAUGUAGUGCGCGAUGCACGUGGUCGCAUGGGCCCCUACGCCUUCUCGCGGGAUCAAUGGGUCUCCUUUGACGAUGCGCCAAUGAUCCGACACAAGAGCGAAUAUGUGCGCGCCAUGGGCUUGGGCGGCGCAAUGAUAUGGGCUCUGGACUUGGAUGAUUUCAAAAAUGAUUGCGGCUGCGAGUCGUAUCCGCUGCUCAAGACAAUUAAUCGCGUGCUCCGUGGCUAUCCGGGACCGCAUCCCAGAUGCACGCUGGAGCAGAGCGAAAAGACCAUGGUUGCUGGCGACAAGGGCACCAUAGAAUCACCAAGACCCACCGUUAACACCGUGACUCCGGCUAGCAUAGUUGCAACCUCAUCUAGGCCUGAUCCGAGUCAGCCACUGGACUGCGCUGGACGCAACUAUGCGUCGCACGAGCGUGACUGCAACAAGUACUACAUAUGCCAAUACGGCGAAUUUAUUGAGCAACGCUGCCCCGCUGGUCUACACUGGAACGAGAACUACUGCGACUGGCCAAACAAUGCGCAUUGUACGGUUCGCGCGGACCAGACCACCCAGCCGCCGGUGGUGCAUCGGCCGAAGCCAACCAGCACCACGGAGAGCAGCGUAUCCGCCACAAAGCCCACAAAGAAACCCUUCACACCACCCAAUAAGAAGCCCAUAGCGCGCCCGAAACCAACACCAGCUCCACCGCUGGGCAGCAACGAGAACUACAAGGUCGUCUGCUACUUUACGAACUGGGCGUGGUAUCGGCCCGGCCAAGGCAAAUAUGUGCCCGAGGAUAUCGACGAGAAUCUCUGCACACACAUUGUCUACGGCUUUGCGGUGCUCAACAGCAACACGCUGACCAUCAAGACGCACGAUUCCUGGGCAGACAUCGACAAUCGCUUCUACGAGCGCGUUGUAGAGUACAAGAAGAAGGGCUUGCGUGUAACAGUCGCAAUUGGAGGCUGGAAUGAUUCGUUGGGCAGCAAAUAUGCGCGCCUGGUGCUCGAUCCGCAGGCACGGGCGCGCUUCAUCGAGAGCAUUUUGGUGUUUGUUGAGAAAUAUGGCUUUGAGGGCUUGGAUCUGGACUGGGAGUAUCCGGUGUGCUGGCAGGUGGACUGUGCCAAGGGCUCGCCAGCGGAGAAGCAAGGAUUUGCGGCACUUGUGCGAGAAUUAUCGGAUGCAUUCCGGCCACGCGGAUUGCUGCUCUCCGCCGCCGUCUCACCCAGCAAAACCGUCAUCGAUGCGGGCUACGAUGUGCCGCAGCUGGCACGCUACUUCGACUGGAUAGCCGUGAUGACCUACGAUUUCCACGGCCACUGGGACAAGCAGACCGGCCAUGUGGCGCCCCUGUAUUAUGUGGAAGGCGAUACGAAUCCCUACUUCAAUGGCAACUAUAGCAUACACUAUUGGUUGGAUCAGGGCACACCGCCCAGCAAGCUGAUCAUGGGCAUGCCCCUGUACGGCCAGUCCUUCACGCUGGCCGAUCAGAACGCACGAUCCAUUAACGACAAAUCCAUUGGACCUGGCCAGGCGGGCACCUAUACACGCGCCGGUGGCUUUUUGGCAUACUAUGAAAUUUGCGAGAAGGUCAGCGCUGGCGGCUGGACGGUGGUGCGCGACGAGGAGGGUCGCAUUGGACCCUUCGCAUACAGCGGCAAUCAAUGGGUAUCCUACGACGAUGUGGCGGACAUACGACGCAAGGCGCAAUUUGUGCGCGGCCUGCGUCUGGGCGGCGGCAUGGUCUGGGCCCUGGAUUUGGAUGAUUUCCGUGGUCGCUGCGGCUGCGGCAAGCAUCCAUUGCUGCGCACUCUCAAUCAAGAGCUGCGCGGCAUUCCCGGACAGCGCGCCAACGAUUGCACAUAGUAAUGUUUAUAAUUAUCAUGUGUCCUAUAUGCCAAUUCCUUUUGCUGCUGACUAGGCUCGCAAUCUGUUCUUAAGAUUUUUGCCAAUUAGUUGUAAGCACACACACACACACACACACUCGCAAAACAAGAAAAUAAAACUAAUAUAAACAAAACACUCAAAUUAAAUUUCGGCCAUGUUUACAAACUAUAUUCUA